AUGGCGUCCAUCCUGGAUGAGUACGAGGACUCCUUGUCCCGCUCGGCCGUCUUGCAGCCCGGCUGCCCCAGCGUGGGCAUCCCCCACUCGGGGUAUGUGAAUGCCCAGCUGGAGAAAGAAGUGCCCAUCUUCACGAAGCAGCGCAUUGACUUUACCCCGUCCGAGCGGAUCACCAGUCUUGUCGUCUCCUGCAAUCAGCUCUGCAUGAGCCUGGGCAAGGAUGCAUUGCUCCGCAUUGACCUGGGCAAGGCAAACGAACCCAACCACGUGGAGCUGGGGCGCAAGGAUGACGCCCGAGUUCACAAGAUGUUCCUGGACCACACUGGCUUUCACCUGCUGAUUGCUCUGAGCAGCACGGAGGUCCUUUACGUGCACCGUAACGGACAGAAGGUACGGCCGCUGGCCCGCUGGAAGGGGCAGCUGGUGGAGAGUGUGGGCUGGAACAAGGCCCUGGGCACCGAGAGCAGCACAGGCCCCAUCCUGGUGGGCACUGCCCAAGGCCAGAUCUUCGAGGCAGAGCUCUCCGCCAGCGAGGGCGGGCUUUUCGGCCCCGCCCCGGAUCUCUACUUCCGCCCGCUGUACGUCCUGAACGAAGAGGGGGGCCCGGCACCUGUGUGCUCCAUCGAGGCCGAGCGGGGCCCCGACGGGCGCAGCUUUGUGAUCGCCACCACCCGGCAGCGCCUCUUCCAGUUCAUAGGCCGAGCGCCAGAGGGAGCCGAGGCGCAGAGCUUCCUGGGGCUCUUCGCCGCCUUCACGGACCACCCGCCCCCGUUCCGCGAGUUCCCCAGCAGCCUGGGCUACAGCGAGCUGGCCUUCUACACCCCCAAACUGCGCUCCGCGCCGCGGGCCUUUGCCUGGAUGAUGGGGGAUGGCGUGCUGUACGGAUCACUGGACCACGGGCGUCCCGACUCCCUGCUGAGCGAGGAGCGGGUCUGGGAGUACCCAGAAGGGGUAGGUCCCGGGGCCAGCCCGCCCCUGGCCAUCGUCCUGACCCAGUUCCACUUCCUGCUGCUGCUGGCGGACCGGGUGGAGGCGGUGUGCACGCUGACGGGGCAGGUGGUGCUGCGGGACCACUUCCUGGAGAAGUUCGGGCCGCUGAGGCACAUGGCGAAGGACGCCUCCACCGGCCACCUGUGGGCCCACAGCGAGCGGGCCGUGUUCCGCUACCACGUGCAGCGCGAGGCCCGGGACGUGUGGCGCACCUACCUGGACAUGAACCGCUUCGACCUGGCCAAGGAGUACUGCCGGGAGCGGCCCGACUGCCUGGACACCGUCCUGGCCCGCGAGGCCGACUUCUGCUUCAGUCAGCGCCGCUACCUGGAGAGCGCCCGCUGCUACGCCCUGACCCAGAGCUACUUCGAGGAGAUCGCCCUCAAGUUCUUGGAGGCGCGGCAGGAGGAGGCUCUGGUCGAGUUCCUGCAGCGGAAACUGGCCAGCCUGAAGGCAUCCGAGCGCACCCAGGCCACGCUGCUGACCGCCUGGCUGACGGAGCUGUACCUGAGCCGGCUCGGGGCCCUGCAGGGCGACCCCGGGGCCCUGGGCCCCUACCGGGAGACGCGGGAGCGCUUCCGCGCCUUCCUCAGCAGCCCCCGCCACAAGGAGGCGCUCUUCGCCAGCAGGGCCUCCAUCCACGAGCUGCUCGCCAGCCACGGGGACGCGGAGCACAUGGUCUAUUUCGCCGUGAUCAUGCAGGACUACGAGCGGGUGGUGGCGUACCACUGCCAGCACGAGGCCUACGAGGAGGCCCUGGCCGUGCUGGCCCGCCACCGGGACCCCCAGCUCUUCUACAAGUUCUCGCCCAUCCUCAUCCGUCACAUCCCCCGGCAGCUGGUGGACGCCUGGAUCGAGAUGGGCAGCCGGCUGGACGCCCGGCAGCUCAUCCCCGCCUUGGUGAACUACAGCCAGGGCGGCGAGGCCCAGCAGGUGAGCCAGGCCAUCCGCUACAUGGAGUUCUGCGUGAACGUGCUGGGCGAGACGGAGCAGGCCAUUCACAACUACCUGCUGUCGCUGUAUGCCCGCGGCCAGCCGGCCUCGCUGCUGGCCUACCUGGAGCAGGCCGGGGCCAGCCCGCACCGCGUGCAUUACGACCUCAAGUACGCGCUGCGGCUCUGCGCUGAGCACGGCCACCACCGAGCCUGUGUCCAUGUCUACAGGGUCCUGGAGCUGUACGAGGAGGCCGUGGACCUGGCCUUGCAGGUGGACGUGGACCUGGCCAAGCAGUGUGCUGAUUUGCCCGAGGAGGACGAGGAACUUCGCAAGAAGCUGUGGCUGAAGAUUGCACGGCACGUGGUGCAGGAGGAGGAGGACGUGCAGACCGCCAUGGCCUGCCUGGCCAGCUGCCCCCUGCUCAAGAUCGAGGACGUGCUCCCCUUCUUCCCCGACUUCGUCACCAUCGACCACUUCAAGGAGGCCAUCUGCAGCUCCCUGAAGGCCUACAACCACCACAUCCAGGAGCUGCAGCGGGAGAUGGAGGAGGCCACGGCCAGUGCCCAGCGCAUCCGCCGGGACCUGCAGGAGCUGCGGGGCCGCUACGGCACCGUGGAGCCCCAGGACAAGUGCGCCGCCUGCGACUUCCCGCUGCUCAACCGCCCCUUCUACCUCUUCCUCUGCGGCCACAUGUUCCACGCGGACUGCCUGCUGCAGGCCGUGCGGCCGGGGCUGCCGGCCUACAAGCAGGCCCGGCUGGAGGAGCUGCAGCGCAAGCUGGGGGCCGCUCCGCCCCCCACCAAGGGCUCCGGCCGCGCGAAGGAGGCCGAGGCGGGGGCUGCCGCCGCGGGGCCGGGCCGGGACCAGCUCAAGGCUGACCUGGACGAACUGGUGGCGGCCGAGUGUGUGUACUGCGGGGAGCUGAUGAUUCGCUCCAUCGACCGGCCCUUCAUCGACCCCCAGCGCUACGAGGAGGAGCACCUCAGCUGGCUGUAG